AUGGAAGCUCUGUUGGAUCUCCCACCGUUGGAUCUGGUGCUCCGCGGUAAAGCGAGACUAGUCGCUCAUCGACUGUGGAGUCAGGGCAGCUGGGCUUUCUUGAAUCCUGUCAAGGGGCAUACUGCCAUCUUAGUCGAAUUGCAAAGGGAGGACCCCGUCCUUCUAAGCAGGGGUGAUCGUAUUACCCCUAAAUAUCGCUUCAACCGCAAGUUUAUUGUGGAGUAUCCAACGAGGGAGGAGUGGGACGCCGGUAGCCGGGGACUCUCCGGAGUGAGCGGGCAGGUCUGGUACACGGACGGCUCGGUCACCGAAGAGGGCCCAGGUGCUGGGGUCUCUGGGCCUAGAACUAGGCUAUCUCUGCCUCUCGGUGGAUACACAACUAUUUUCCAGGCGGAAGCUUUGCGAUUCUGGCUUGUGUAUCACAUUCUGGAGGAGGGUGGGCCUAGGAGAAGAAUAAUAAUCUUAUCCGACAGCCAGGCUGCAAUGAAAGCACUAAGUGCCUGUAAGAUUACUUCGAGUCUUGUAUUGCAAUGCAGGAAGGCUCUGGAUUGCCUCGCAGCGAGGCAUCCGGUAUCGUUAAUAUGGGUACCGGGGCACGCUGGGAUAAGGGGCAAUGAGACGGCGGACACUCUGGCGAAGACAGGAUCAGCCAGCAAGCUCGUUGGUCCUGAGCCAGCUCUAGGAGUGACCGCGCAUAAAGCUAGGAGAAAAAUGGAGACGUGGGUUGCAAGACAACACUCUCAGAAAUGGAGAAGUAUCACCAGAAAUCUCCGCCAGGCACGGGAACUCAUUGAAGGGCCCAGUGCUAAGGAUGAACGUUUCUGCCUAUCUCUGGAUAGAGCCAACCUAAGGUUGCUGGUGGGACUGUUGUCUGGCCAUAACACGUUAAGGCGUCACCUGCACGUGAUGGGGGUGGCUGAGGAUCCCUUGUGUGAACGCUGCGGGGUAGAGGAAGAGACCUCGGCGCUCGUUUUGUGUCGCUGUGAAGCUCUGAACUAUACUGGGGUCAAUUACUUUGGACCCUCAGGACGUCAAGGAGCUUGGACUCAAGGCAAUUCUCAACUUAGCUAAAAGGGCGAGGCUUGUGAUCUAAGGAUUGUAGAGGUGCAUAAGGGCCCGCUUAAGCGGCCUAUGCACUGGGUCCUUAUGGUGGCCGGAAUGCCUCUAAUUUCAAGAUUCAUUCAUUAGGGAUAAGAAGUACUUUUCUCCGCAUGACCUUACUCUAUACAAGGCCUAGCCUCAAGUAUUGAUCACACGUUUGGGGUGUUGUCGCCCCGACUACAUUAUUUAUGCUCCAUGCUGUCCAGAGGAGGGCUGUCCGACUAAUCGAUGAUUCUUCUCUAACAGACAGGCUCGGGACCCUUUCGCACUGACGGGCCGUCGGCGAUCUAGCUCUGUUCUACCGCUAUAACAACGGGCUUUGCUACUCAGAGCUCUCUUCCAUGAUGUCGCCGCGCGAUGUGCCUGCCAGGCAGACCCGGCUGACUUUGGCCUCCCAUCUUAACCGUGUCGAGCUUCGUACAUCCAGAACUGGCCGAUACGACCGCUCCUUGUGUCGAGAUUGUGGAACAAUCUUCAAGAGGAAGCUUUUCCCAGUUAUAUUAACCUAUGGCAUAUCAAAAAUCGGAUUAACAAAAUUUCUUUGGGAUCAUCAUAGCAGCCGCGGUGCGCGGGCAUUUAGGCUUUGCCUGCGCGGCUGCUUCGGUAUAAAAAAAAAUAUAUCUUGUAUAGUUUUCGAGAUCAUUCUACUAAUUGUUUAUAACAUAUUUUAAGUGCCGCUAACGUUCGCUUGACAUUAUUUAUCAGUGUCAAGUAUAGUGGUAUACAGGUCCAUUAAACCAAGAGGCGUCGUAGUGUACCAAACAGGAGUAACGAUUGCAAAACCGCACGUCGGAGGUUCGAAUCCACAAAGCUCCCAUCUUUACUCUUAAUUUUAAAUCUGGUGAAAUAAAUGGUUUUUCACAUUACGUCUACUUUUAUUGUGAGCAAACAGCUUUUCGCACGCCAUAGGCAAUGUAGGUUUGCAAACAGGAAAACAGAGGUAUACAUAUGAUUCUUUGAAUUUUUUUAUAUUACUUUAUAAAAUUCCAAAAACACUAUAUCGGAUCAUAUCAGAUAGUUUUUGAAAACACAUAUCUUAAGUGUGUAAAUUAUUUAUUAACCAACAAUAAUGAAAGACAGAAAUUUUUUUGUGAUAAUACGCCCAACUUUUCGGUAUGAGGUAAAAUUAGGUACCUAUUGGAGCCGCAAAAAAAUGCUUAUAAAAUUAAGUGGGCUAACUCACAAUUUUUAUAUUUAUCAAGUUACUGUUGAGCGUAGAUUCUCAUUUCAUCAACAGAGUAGGCAUUUUUUUCAUAGUUUGUAUUAAGCAUAAGGAAAGGUAAUCUCCAUUUUCAAAGCAAUGCCAUUUCAGUAAUAUUUUGUUAGGCUUCAACAGUUGGAAUGAAAUACUUUAAAUAAAUUAUUAGGAUCAAUUUUUUUAAUACGAAAUCAUGCUUAUAUAGUGUCUCAAUGUGUAUACGGAAAGUAGUUAUUUUAACAAAAGAAAUGCUAGCGCCGUUCAACAUCAUCUAGCUGUCGUUUGAAAAAAGCGUAGAGUCUAUCUAAAAUAGCAUCAUCCUCAUUGCGGAAAAAGUAACAUUACUUUUAAAAGAAAAAGGUUGUUCGGGCAAUUUGAUUUGCCCAAAAACCCACCGCCUUACGUGACCGCUAAAUCAACGAUUAUUCCAGUUUACUCAAAAACUUGUAAUUCAAAUUCCUUUUAACGAUUCUUUGUGGAUACUAAGUCAUAUAUAUGGAAUAGACGAUAUUACUACCGUCCUUCAAGCUGCGCACCUAAUAUUAUUCAGAAGCCUCAAAAAAAAGGGUAAUACAACAAAUGCGAAACAAAGGACAUGCGAGCCAUGCCUCUUAAGUGGCCAAUGGAUGGAAGCAAAGCUCAUGUAUUUAUCAUAAUAUGUGGUUUCAUUCAUUGGCCACUUUAGAGAAAUGGCUCAGAUAGACCACUAUGUGAUAUAGUAGAAAAUCAUAAUUGGGUAAUGUGGCAUCUGACACUUUCCUGUGGCUUUCACGUCGAUAACCCCUAUGCUUGUCGAGCCAAAUCGUAUGUAUUUUAGAUUCUUUAAUGUAUACCAUAACGAGGGUAACGUAUUUGGUGCAUUAAGACCCGAUUUACCAAGCUGGGUCACAAAUUCAACCCAUGAGAAGGAUUUUUUGAACUAGAUUUAAUGAAUGGUCGAUUUCUUGUAAAAUGUCUCUGAAACACGUCAUAAAUCACUUGGUUUAGCUACAAAAAGUUUUUUUUUAGUGUGCGUCCCUAUACUAAAUUAGCGACCAUGAUCAUAUAAUGCACCAAUGAAAAAUAACCAUCCGCGUCAUACUCGAAGCAUGGACACAUUUCUGUUACAAUAUCUAAAUUGAUCUGUCAGCAAUUGCAUUUUAUUGAAAAUAACAGUGUCUCCCUAUUGUUGUACAAGAUUCUGCUUAAUAAAUUCUUUGAAGACAUGAAUAAAAUUACAGAAUGCUUAUUCUUUAAGUUUACAAGCUUUAAUUUGUCUAUGGCAUGCGAAAAGCUGUUUGAUCACAAUAAAAGUACAUGUAAUGUGAGAAAGCAUUUAUUUCAUCAAAUUUAAAAUCAAUAGAAAAAAGGGAGCUUUGCGGAUAUAAACCUCCGUCCUGCGGUUUUAAAAUCGUUACUUAUUUCUACUACACUACGAUGCCUCUUAGUUUAAUGGAUCUUUUCACCACUAUUCUUGACACUGACGAAUGUUAACCGGACGUUGGAGCUACUUAAAACAAUUAGUAGACUGAUCUCGAAAACUAUACAAGAUAUAAUGUUGAAACUUUAAAUAAUGUAUUAUUGACUAAUAUCGAGCAUUUUGCCUAAUUUUCUAGUCUGUCAGUUCUUGCUUGAUAUUUGUCUACUGAUUUUUAGAGCUUAGUUUCCAACAUUUUGAUCUAGCAGUCGUUUUAAUCGUACGAGAUUUCGAAAACAAACGUAUACGAUAUUAGUACUUUUAGAAAAAGGUCCAGGGAAUUAUAUUUCUUCUUAAAGAAACUGGAUUACGUGAUCUAUUUAUUUGACGAAGUCAUGCAGUCAACAAUAAUGUAGCCAUUUAGCACAUGCUACAUACUAACUAGGCUAAAACAGUUUGAAACAUAAUUGUGUCUUCAGUUUGUGUGCUAACUUAAUAAACAGUUCAGUGAAUUUCAGUAUGAAAUAUUUUUUUUGUAAACUUCAAGGCUCAUCUAUUAGACAUGAGAGUAUGAAGAAAUCUUGAAAAAAGAUUUUUUGUUCGCAACAAAAGGUGAUAAAUACAUCCGCUUUAUUUUAAAAUGUGUAUAGUAACGUAUGUACAAAUACAAAAUAUUUGAAUUUGUUGAAAAAACCGUAACCAUUUGUUUUUCGCAUAAAAAUAACAUUUAUCUUUCUGAAUGGUUUGUGAUUAAUAUCGGCAAGGUAAACUCGUGUAUUUUGCUAUAAAAUGUCCUUUAAAUGAACCCUGUAUAUUGCUCAUUAAACUAGAUGGCCGGAAAACAGGUGUUUUGGGAUAAGCAAUUAGAAAUUCUCAAAAACUACUUGACCAAUCUACUCAAAUUUAGUUGUGGUUAUUUAGAAGUAUGAAGCCGACGGAUUUGAAGAAUAUGAAGUAUCUACGUGAAAUUGUAGUCGCAUUACCAUCAAGUGCCAAAACCUGUAUUUUGACUAAGUUUUCGGCCAUAACUUUUUUGCUAUUAGUCGAAUCUUUUUAAGUGUAGUCUCAUUUUGUAGGUCUCGUAAAUGCUUAAAAAUCUUGUUUGAAGUUUUUUCGUUCCUGCCAAUACUUUUGAUUGAAUCCAAAAAACGUUUUCUCAUUCUUUGUUGAUGAAUAAAAAGUUUUCACACAAAAA